AUGGCGGACGCAGGAGUCAGCAAUACUCGACUCUAUCUUGGCAACCUGCCGAGGAAUGCUACCAAGGCCGAUGUCGAGAACCACUUCAACACCCAUGGCACGGGUGAGAUCAUGGAGAUCAAGCUGAUGAACGGCUUCGGAUUCAUCGAGUACAAGGACGCCAUGGAUGCGCGUGAUGUCGUACCAGAUGGAUCCGAGUUCAUGGGCGAGCGCCUUGUCGUUCAAUUUGCCCGAGGUAGCAACCGUCCACGCGAGGGCUUCGAGCAUCAACCACGCAUGGCACCUCGACCACGCCGUACCGUUCACAGAAUGACCAUCACUGGUCUCCCAUUCGAGACUAGCUGGCAGGAUCUCAAAGACUUCGCACGUCAGUCCGGCUUGGACGUCGUCUACAGCGAGGUCAAUCGCGAGCGUGACCCAUCUGGCACCGGCAAAGGCUACGUUGAGUACGAAACUGCUGCUGACUUGGCCACUGCUGUCGAGAAGCUCGACAACUCGGAGUUCAAGGGCUCAAACGUCCGCUGCAUCUCUGAUCCCCAAACCGAGAUCCCACGACCACGCGAACGUUACCGAUCUCGCUCGCCAGGCGGCUACCGUGGUCGCGGCGGCUACGGUGGCGGCCCACCUCCAGGCGGCGACGAUUACUACGACCGUCGCGGUCCACCACGCGGGUACAGCCCUCGCCGCGAUGACUACCGCCGCCGCACUCCACCACCACGCGGCUACUACGACGACCCACGCGACGACCGAUACGGUCCACCACGCGGUGGACGCCCAUCAGUCGACGACUAUCCACCACCACGCGGCGGAGGCUACCCAGACGACCGCUACGGCCCUCCACCACCACGACGUGGCGGGUACGAGCCAGAGCCAUACGCGAACGGUCACGGCCGCGAGCCAUAUGCCGGUCGUCCAGCAAGCCCGAGGAGAGAGGGUGGAGGCUACGAACGACGUGGAGGUUACGAGGCACGACCUUACUGGUGA